AUGGUUCUUGGUCACUCUCGACAAGGUGAUGACUGUGGCGCCAGUUGGAUUUCCGGUAAUACAAAAGAUAUCUUGCAUCUGGCUGAUUUUGGUAUCUAUGAUUGGUGUUGCGCCUUGUCCCCGACACACUCCAGCCAUUGGCGUGGACCCAGCUUUAAUAUUGGCGGAUAUCUGUGCUUUGCAUGUGCCACUUCUCGUGGAAAAGUUUUACAGCGUUCAAGUGUGAUUCCUCUCUCCAGAGAAGAGCGGGAUAGCACAGAUAUCAAAGCUCUGAAAAAGCGUUUUACCGAAGACUUGCAUAUCUGUUUGAAUAACUCUGACCCCAUCAAGAUUGAUGAUUUGCAGGAUCCUUUGUGUGCUUACAAAGCUGAUGAAAGUAUAUCAGACCUCUGCACACAAAUGCUAACACUCCACACUUUGAACAAUAUGAAGAUGAUGAAUGUUGAUGAUGAACCUGCUUUCAUUUGGUGGGUUCCUUAUACUUUGAAGAAGUGUGAUAGAAUUCUAAAGGCUGUGAAAAGAAGAGCCUUAACUCGCAAGACUGAGAAAUUUGGUUUAGAAUUGCCUGGUUCUGGUCCAAAGGGCGUAAGAUGUGCCUACAAGAUUGACGCCAACACUGGUAGCAAUCAUUGGGGAGAUGGUGUUGAAAAGGAAGUAAAGACGGUGUUGCCUGCCUUAAGAAUCUUGGGACCAAAUGAACCUAUUCCCCCUGCAUAUACUUGUAUUGACUUGAUAACUGUCUUUGAUGUUAAGAUGGACCUCACACAAAAGGCCCGGAUAUGUGCUCAAGGGGACCAAACUGAUCCUCCUCUUUUAAUAACGUAUGCCAGUGUUGUCACUUGUGAGAGUAUUUGUAUUGGAUUCUUGCUUGCUUUGUUAUAUGGUUUGGAUAUUUUGUCUGCUGACAUUGCUGGAGUGUAUUGGAACGCACCUUGUGCUGAGAAGAUUUACACAGUACUUGGACCCAAGUUUGGAGACCUUGAGGGUCGCACUGCUGUUGUGGAGAAAGCACUCUAUGGAUUAAAUCUUCCAGGUUAUAGAAAAAAUUAUUUCAGAAACGAAACAACACGCAUUCCGGCAGAACCAACCAGUCUGCCUCGCAUAGCGCUAGUACUGAAUUUACGUAUCACCAAGCCAACCAUUCAACACCGGCGCACCAUGGGCAAAUCUAUCAACGCGAAGGCAUCCUCGGCGAUGACAAAAAAGUCGGGCGUGUCUAAGAUGAAAACGUCCUCUGGGGCUAAAAAGUCCGUCAAAAAACAAGUGGAAAUUGACCUACAACAGCCUAAAGACAGGGAUCCCAUCGAUUCCAAGAUGGUGUCUGAAACCCAAACUGACGAGAAGCGUGUUAUCGACGACAAUGAAGCGCAAUACAUGGCUGAUGAGAUUGAGGCAAAACAAAUCGCCGAACGAGAAGCUCGCAGGAGUGGACAUUACGACAGCAUUUUCCAAACCUGUUGGAGUGGUGGAUGA